AUGGCUGCGCCCAUCGGAGAAAGCAAGAAUGAGAUGAAAAAGUUCAAUAAAAAAUUGGCAAGACUUCGACAAACACUCAAAGAUAGAGAGAAUAUCAUCUGUUUAGAUGAUGCAACUAAUAUCAUUUGUGUGUGCAAUGGUGGACUUGACAACAAUGUGUCUUAUGAAGAAAUACACGCCCUCUUCACUCGCUAUGGACAAAGCUGCAGUGUUCUCAUGCAGCCACAGAAGUCUUACUGUUUCAUCAGCUACAAUACAGUUGGAGAGGCAACGGAAGCUGUCAAUCAGUUGAAUGGUCAUAAACUAUUAACAUCAGAACAACGUAAAGCCGAGGUUGUUCUGUAUACACUUUUUGUAAGCAAAGUUGCAGACAGUGUUAGUCCCUCUGCCAGCUUGCCCCCAGGGCUCAUCUUACUAGAGGACUACAUCUCACAUGAGUAUGCCGAAACAAUCCUUGCCUCUAUAGACCUCAGUCAAAACCAAAAUACAGGUCAGCAGGCCGACUUGAAACACAGACGGGUGAAGCACUAUGGUUAUGAGUUCAAGUACUCCAUCAACAAUGUGGACCCAGAUGAUCCCCUGAUGGAGGGGAUCCCGGAGGUGUUUCUGCCUCUACUUGAGAAACUAAGGGGCUCCGGGGUCAUAGGUCACAUGCCAGACCAACUCACAGUUAAUCAGUAUCAGCCUGGCCAGGGUAUCCCUCCUCAUGUGGAUACCCCUUCAGCUUUCGAAGAUGGCUUGGUCUCAUUGAGCCUUGGCUCUCAGGUGUUGAUGGAGUUUCGCCAUCCAGAUGGUCAACACCUGUCUGUGCUGCUGCCCCACAGAAGUGUUCUCGUCAUGACCGGGGAGUCCAGAUAUGUGUGGUCCCACGGCAUUACUCCACGGAAGUCUGACAUUGUGGCGACACCAGACACGGGACUAACAUUGUCACCACGAGGAGUGAGAACUUCCUUCACCUUCAGGAAAAUAACAGGGGUCAAACCUUCACAAGUUGACAGUUUAGGCCCAGAGACAGGAGAUACCUGUCUGCCUGAGGAUGAAAUCUCUGCUGCAUCAUUGGAGAGACUUCAUGUUCACCAGGUGUAUGAGCAGAUUGCAGAUCACUUCAGUGGUACCCGUCACUCCCCCUGGCCCCGCAUUGCUGAUUUCCUGAGAAACCAGCCCCCUGGCUCUCUUCUUAUAGACAUUGGCUGUGGGAAUGGCAAAUAUUUUGGAAUCAAUAAAGGCUUGUUUGAGCUAGGCUCUGACAUGAGUUCGAACCUUGCUGGCAUCUGUGGUGGUCGUGGCCACCAGGUGUAUGUGGGGGAUGUGUUAAACAUUCCACUCCGGGAAGGAACAUUUGAUGUCUGUCUAUGUAUAGCUGUCAUACAUCAUAUGUCAACAAAGGAACGAAGGAGGAAAGCUGUAUCAGAGUUGUUAAAGGUUCUGCGCCCUGGGGGUCAGGCGUUAAUCUAUGUUUGGGCGGUGGAACAAGAACGCCAUAAAGUCAAGUCCAAAUACCUCAAGGGCAAAGGCGCACAGAGCCAAAGUAGUUCGGAAAGUCAAAUGGAUGAUAAAAAACAGAAUGCUGACACUGAUGAGAAUGCCCCACGGGAAACUAUUCCUGAAAAAGAGCCCUUUCAUUUGACAAACAAUAUGUUGGAUAAUCCUUCUGCUCAUGAUGAAUCUGUGUUGGGCGAGGUGAAACCGAGUGGAGGUGCAACUGCUAUGAAAGGAAACCCACAAAAGCUUGAGGUUCACAUCAAUAGAACUCAUUUUAAACAUCAGGACGUUUUAGUGCCAUGGCAACUAAAGAAUAAAUCAGAUAGUAGCAAACAAGACGGAACUAGUGCACAGACAUUUCAUAGAUUCUACCAUGUUUUUCAUCAAGGAGAGUUGGAAGAAUUGUGUGAGAGUGUAGGCAGAUGUAAGGUUGCAAACAGUUACUAUGACCAAGGAAACUGGGCUGUACAGUUAGAAAAAUUGUGAUUCAUCAGUUGGUUAAUAUAGAUCAGAAACUAAUACUGUGAUUUAAUAUAGUAGCAAAUAAAUUUGAAAGUCAAAGUACAUUAACACCUAUUUUAUUGUAACAUUAAAUAUGUUGGAAUCAAAUCUUAUAGGUCUUGCUAU